UAACGCUUGUGAUCUCCGCCACGUGUCAUCCAGAUCGUCAUACUUUCAAAAGGGCCCCCAGUCGCAAAAACCAUUUCCGGUAUAACGCCAGACACGACCCUCCGUCCCUCUAUUUCUCUCUCUCUCCCAAAAACCCUUCCCCAAAUAUCUCAGGAAUUAGGGCAACCUCAUUUCUGUACCGCACCAAAAUCAAGUAAACGAAGGUUGCUUUAAUGUCGAAAAAAGUUCCUGAAGAAAUCGACUUGAACUGUGAUGCUGUUCCGGUUGACCGAGAAAACGAGGAUAAUGAUAUAAAUGUUGGGGAUCCUUCCUCUAGGGCGGGCACUUGUUUAACUCAAACUGUAACUGAACGAAUAGUUGAUGAAGGGGUUAGGGACUUUGGGGAGGAUAAUGAGCCGGAGGGUGGGGUUGAGGAGGUAGGGAAAGAAAGCAAAAUUAGGAGUGUAAAAAAUCAAGGGAUUGAUUUGGAAGCUGAUAUUGGGUCUUUAGGUGAAGAGGUGGAUGAUAAAGUGAGCAUCAGGUUCAGCUCGAGUGGGGUUUCUAUGAUUGAGGUUGAUGGAGGACCAAGAGGAAGUGGAGAUGGAGAGAGUGUUUCUAUCGAAGACAAGAAACCAUUGGAGACUGAACAAAUGUCUUUGAGAUCUUCUGGUGGGGUAGCAGAGGACCUUAAUGUUAAUGUGUGUCAUAAUGAGCACUCAUUGAUAGAGGGGACUAGUGUUCUGUUGAGCUCAAUUGCUGAUAAUGCUAUUAAUUCUGGUGAUGAGAAGCUGUCUUCUUUAGUGUUAGGUCAUGAAAACUCUUUACCUUGUGGGGACCAGAACCUGAGUUCAAAGGAAGGAUCUUCUGGUGAAUUAGGUAGUUUUGAUAUGGAAAUUGACACACCAGACUAUACUGAAAAAAAUCAAACCACUGCCAUCCAAGGUGAAUUGGUUUUUCAGAAUGUAGAAAAUAGGUCUAACAUGCUAAAUGAUGUGGUAGACUUGAAUCAAUGUACAAGCACAGAUGAGGAUUUAUCACUUGAUGUCAAUGCAAAACCAGAAGAACCAGAAUUUUGUGUCACUGAUUUAGUGUGGGGUAAAGUAAGGAGUCAUCCGUGGUGGCCAGGUCAGAUAUUUGAUCAUUCAGCUGCCACAUCAAAGGCGAACAAGUAUUUUAAAAAGAACUGUUAUUUGAUUGCAUAUUAUGGUGAUCAGACAUUUGCUUGGAAUGAAGCAUCACGAGUCAAGCCCUUUAGGCGUCAUUUCUCACAUAUGGAAAAGCAGAACAAUAUGGAAGAGUUUCACCAUGCUGUGGAUUGUGCGUUGGAUGAGGUUUCUAGACGGGUAGAGUUCGGUCUGGCCUGUUCUUGCAUUUCUGAGGAAGCAUAUGCCCAGGUUAAAACUCAGAUAAUUGUUAAUGCUGGGAUCCGGGAAGAAUCUAGCAGAAGAGAUGGUGGCGACAGGUUUUCAAGUGCUGCUUCCUUUGACCCUUUUGAACUUGUUGAAACUAUAAAAGCAUUGGCCUUAUUACCUUCUUAUGGUGAGGUUGAUAGACUGCAAUUCACAACCUCACAGGCACAAUUGUUGGCAUUCCAUCGUUGGAAGGGUUACUCUCAGCUGCCUGAGUUUCAAAAUCUUGGCGAAUUGUUGGAGACUGAUGCAGAAAUCUCUCUCUCUGAGGAAGUGAAGAAAUGUGGCAAACUGAUUGGAAAUGAUGUUCCUAGGGUCAAAGUUGACAAACAGGUGCCCUUUGAAAAAGAGAAGCCAGAGAGUCAAGAUGGCUCUUCUUGUAAACAAAAGAAAAUCCCUAUAGUUUCCAGCAAAAAGGAGAAAAGCUUGUCCGAUUUUUUAGCUGAAAGGCGCUUGAGUUUGCAAAAUUGUAAAAGGAAAUUGAAUAACAAAGCUGGUGACAAGUUAAUUACUUCGUCCCCUGCUAAAAAACUAAAGGUUAUUGACUCUGUGCGUAAUGACUCAGUGAAACAUAACAAAAGUAAUGUGUCAACAGGGUCCGUUGAUAAGUCUCUGCUGUCUAAGCAAACUUUCGGAGUUGGAGCUAGCAUACUUAGAGUUGCAAGCCAACUGAAUGGUUCAACAGUUUCAACGCCAGUAUUUAAGCAUGGUGAUGGAACAUCUCAAAGGUCUGCAGUUAAUAAUAAAAGUAAAGGAAAAUCUUCGUCUGGUAAACCUCCAGGGAAGAAGGCUUUUCAAACAGAUAUCUCUUCCCCUGAUGAGAUGCUCUCACAGCUUUGCUUGGCUGCCACUGAUCCCUUGAAAGGGUAUAAUUUCUUGGCCUCUAUAGUUUUUUUCUUUACAGAGCUGAGGAAUUCAAUUGCUAUGGAUCUUAACAGCGCUGAAAUGUCGGAACAAUCUUUGGAACAAGCAACUGAUGUUAUAAUAGGGGAGAAAUCAACCGGUUUCAAAAUUACUGGAAAGUCUGAGUUGACCUCAAUCAAAGACUCGUGUUGUUCUGACAGGAUAAUCCAAUGCCUUCCUGAAGAGCAAUUAGCAGUUGACAAGCACAACCUAGCCAUAGAGUUUUCUCCUAACACUCUUAGUGAAAAGGGUUUUUCCGUUGUUGAAUCGCUAUCGACUGUUCAAGCAAGUUCCAGUAUGGAUUCUGAGCAGAAACAUACAGUGACAGAUGAGAAUCCUGGAAUGGAAGCAGAGAAGUGGAUAGCGUACUCAGAUGAAAGUUGUACGAAGGACCUAUCUCCAACUGCUCUGAUUCUGAAUUUUUCAGACAUAGAUUCGGUUCCUUCAGUGGAAGACCUGAACAAGAUAUUUAGCCGUUAUGGGCCUUUGGUUGUGCCGGGGGCAAAAGUGUUCAAAAAGAGUAUCCAGGCCAAAGUGGUUUUUAAAAGACGUGCAGAUGCGGAAACAGCUUUCAGCAGUUCUGGAAAAUACAGCAUUUUUGGACCCUCACUUGUUAGUUACCGCCUCAAGCGACUGGCUUCUGCACCAACUAAAGCUUCCCCAGUUGCAAGGAAGCGAAGCAGAAUGGAUGAAACAUGUGGAGAUGAAAAUGCUACUUGAGGCCUUAUAUUCUAGUCAAGUUGAUGUGGA